CCCACAAUUUAGCCGGAGCUCGCGCUCUCCUCGCCUUCCCCUUCUUCCUCUCCUCCAGCGGUGCCGGAGCCCGCUGCCGCUUAGACCCGCCCCUUCGCCCUUCCCCGCCGAUCUCUAUACAGCGUGACUGAGCCGCCGCUGCUGCCGCCUCCUUCGCUAUUGCCGGAAUCCGUUGCUCGCUGCCUUAAGUUGCCCGCGGAGGCCGAGGACGCGAGGAAGGUGAAGCGGAGUCUUGCCAAGCCCUUCGCGCAGGAGCCAGGCCAGGUGAUACAAUGGAAUCACUGGAUAAAACAAUCAAUAGCUACCUGGAUGUUUGGCUUGGGCCAAGAGAUCCCAGAGUAAAAGGAUGGCUUCUCUUGACGAACUACAGACCUACCUUUAUCUUCUCUGUCUUAUAUUUAUUAAUUAUAUGGCUAGGGCCAAAGUAUAUGCGGAACCGACAGCCGUUUUCAUGCAGGAGAAUUCUAGUGGUCUACAAUAUUGGACUUACUCUUCUGUCCUUCUAUAUGUUUUAUGAGCUGGUGACGGGCGUAUGGGAAGGAGGAUACAAUUUCUUCUGCCAGGAUACGCACAGUGGAGGUGAAGCUGAUAUGAAGAUUAUACGGGUCCUCUGGUGGUAUUACUUCUCAAAGCUCAUUGAAUUUAUGGAUACUUUCUUCUUUAUAUUACGAAAAAAUAACCACCAAAUCACCAUUCUUCAUGUGUACCACCAUACGACUAUGUUGAAUAUUUGGUGGUUUGUUAUGAACUGGGUGCCUUGUGGCCACUCGUAUUUUGGUGCCACUCUUAACAGUUUUAUUCAUGUCCUCAUGUAUUCCUACUAUGGACUAUCUGUUAUCCCAUCUAUGCGUCCAUAUCUCUGGUGGAAGAAAUACAUCACUCAGGGACAGCUGGUACAAUUUGUUCUGACAAUCAUCCAGACAACCUGUGGGGCCAUUUGGCCUUGCUCCUUCCCUAUGGGAUGGUUAUACUUCCAAAUUGGUUAUAUGAUCUCCUUGAUUAUCCUUUUCACAAAUUUCUAUGUCCAGACUUACAACAAAAAAGCAGCCUCCAGAAGGAAAGAAUAUCAGAAUGGAUCUGCAGCUGCUAUGAACGGGCACACAAAUAGCUUUUCUUCUUUUGGGAACAAUGUGAAGCAAAUAAAACAAAGAAAGGAUUGAAGACCAAACUGAAAAACUAUUCUGAUAUCCCAGGCAACAACAACAACAAAAUCUGAUUGUAAGCACAAUGUGUGUUGUGCACUGAUAACUCUUGACAGCUACUGUAACUAUUCCUGCCUAGAAUAGUGUCGAUUUUUGUAGGAUUUAACCAGUGCAAAACAUCCUAGAAACUGUCCAUAAGCUAAAGUUGAUGAUGUUGAUAAUCCUGGAGGAUCAUAGACUGAAGCAUAAAAUGUGGAAGGUGGUAUUAUUGUAGUAUGACAGACACUGCUGUUGCCUUACUAGUCAAUAUAAUAGGUGCUGAAUUAGGAUUCACGAUUCCAAAACUGUAAUUCAGGCUCAUAUUUUUAAUUGUAGAUAGUGCAUGUUACUGUAAUUUGUAUGACAAAAUUCAGUUCUUUUUUUUCUUUUCAGUAGUUUAAAACACACAUGCCUUAAAUCAAAAUAAAAGCAGGGCCUAAAAUCUAAUUACCAGUUUGAAAAUGUAUGGAACUGUUUCAUUCUAAGGGAGCAGCUUCUCAAGCGGCAUUUUAUGGCCCUGGUACAGAUACCAAACGGAGAAGCACAGGGUCAUUGAUGAAAAGUUCACAUACAUAGACAUGUGGGUCUCCCCACAUGUUCAAGCGUACAGCCUCAUUUCCUGUGGAGGGAUUAUAUUUCCAUACCGAUGAUAACGAUCUUCUUAAUGACCCUUUUUACAAAUGGCUAUUUUCAAGUCUAGAAUAUAAAAAUGUCUAUCUACCAUACAAGUGAUAACCCGGAAAGCUAGGGUAAAUCCCCUGUUAAACCCUUCACCCAUACCAAGUAUCAUUGGCGCAGUAUGUGUGCAGCCCGUUUUGAGAGAGGCAUCUCUUUCAGCCGAGGUGCAGCGUUGUUUAAUUCCUUUCGCAAAUCAAAAGAGAUGCAGUGGGCUGUCUGUGACGUGACGCUCAAAGGCGCUCACGCUUCUAUACUGUAUAUGCUCUGUUUGAAAUGACACCAGUGCUAAAAUAAUAAUAAUAAAAUAAAAUGGCCAUUUAGUUUGGUCAGGACUUGCUCUUUUUCUUGUUUUCUUGUAACAAGUCUGCAGCAGUACACCUUUUAAAAGUAUUUUUUUUUCCUCCAUUAACUUUUAAUAAGUCACAGAAACUUCGCAUUUGCUUUGGCAGUGUCUAGAAUGGGAUGCUGACUCUCUUAAGCAUUGCAGGAUGCUUGGGGAGGCUCGCCUGCUCUCUUUCUCCCACCCAACGUGUCCAGUGUUGCAUCCUGAAAAUGUGGCUGCUUCCUUUUAAAACGACAGGCAACAUCUCAGAUGAAACCAGCUGUGGGUUCUUCUCUUCCUGAUGAGGAAGGCACAGCUCGUUCAUCGCCAUGUCUUCCCCUCACUUUGAAAAAUCACAGAAUGAGUCUUCAGGUUGGGCCAUGGCGAGCCAAGGAAAGGGUUCUUGAUUAAAUUACGAAGCAGAUCUCUGAAAAUUGCAGAUGUUGAGCCUGACGGACAGCAUUGUUUCAACCACACUUCAACGCUAUUCCUGGGUAAAUUUGCCCCAUUUUUUCCUAGUUUUUGCCAAUCAGUUGUUAUUGCAACUUUAACAAAACUUUUGGGAUGAACCCUGGCUUCCCCCUUUCCUCUUCAGUAUUGAAGCCGGAGUAUACUUGAUAAUGAAUAGUGUAGGGCAGAGAAGGCUACGUCUGUAUAGGGAAACUUUUCUGCAAAGUGGGGGAUCUGCCCCAGUGCAAAUAGGAAUCCUUCCAUUCACACAAGCAACUCUUGGAUACAACUCAUUGACUUUAGAAAUGUGCCUCUAGUAAAUGUUUUCCAGUUUUUGCCUUUUUAGAGUGUUGCAUUAGCUCAUGUCAGACUAUAGUUAUAUGAAAAAUUCUUGGAACAAAAUGAGGUUUGUUUCCUUUCAUCCAUUUCUUCUCUGGUUCCUUGUGUCGUUGGACAUUUAUUUUGGAAAUGCUUGUUGAAAUCUCUGUUUGUUGUAAUUGUUUCCCUCCCACACACAAACCACACAGAGAUAUUUACAGUGUUGGUUGAUAAGCAGGUAUCUGUAAAGAAAUAUACUGUGUAAAAUGGUGGCGUUUUAAUCUGUUAACAUGCUAAUCUGUACUUUGUAUCAAGCCAUUCUCUCCAUCCUUGUCUGUCCAAGUUUAUAUAUUAAGAGUUUUAUGAUUUUAUAUUUAUACAGAUAUGAGUUUACUAUGUUCUCAUACAGCUAAUGUUUGAGACUAAUUAUUAGUCUUUGCAGAUUUGAUUUGUUUCUUCAGUCAAUUCCUCCCCAUCCCUGCCCCAUCUUGUUUCUGAAUGAGACAGCACUGAUUUACUUUGUGUGUGUGCCUCUAAGUGUGUGUGUGUGUGUGUCUCUGUGUGUGUUUAAUGUUCUCAAGACUUAUAUGUACAUGUCUUGGUUUCUAGUUAUUGAUUUGCAAAGUUUUCACAUAUUUCAUACAGCAGCUUUACCAUUCAAACAAAAUAUGCUGUCUAAAUAUGUGUGUGCUAAAAAUAAAAAAAAAACCUUAGCUUAUCAGAAAUACCUGCAUUGUUAUGUUUUGUGUUUAAUCAUUAAAUCAUUCUUGAUACCUGU